AUGGUGCACACGCUACCACAAUCGGUAUUGAUUGUAGGAGCAGGGGUAUUUGGAUUAUCCACGGCCCUCGCUCUAUCAAACCGACAUCCAGAGUGCCAGGUAACCGUCCUCGAGCAAGCACAGACUAUUCCGAACCCACAUGGCUCCUCAGUCGACACAUCUCGCAUCGUGCGCGCCGAUUACGCCAAUGCAGCCUAUGCUAAAUUGGCUGCGGAUGCCAUUGCUCGCUGGCGUACCACUGAUUGGGGCAAAGAGGGCCGAUAUUCUGAGAAUGGCCUAGUUCUCGUAUAUUCGAAUGCUGACAGCACCGCUGGGAAGUAUGUGCGCAAGAGCUAUGAGAACAUGAAAGCAAUCGAGGCGGACAAGGUUGAGUUCCUGCCGACGAAAGUAGACGUGGAGAGAGUGAUGCCAGGAUACGGCGUUGGCAACGAUGUCGCUGGAGGAUAUGUGAACUGGGGUUCUGGAUGGUCGGACGCAGAGGCAGGAGUGCGAUUUACCAGAGAGUUACUUGAGAAAGGAGGAAAGGUGGUAUUCAAGACAGGGGAGGUAGAAAGGGUCAUCUUCACCGAGGACAAGGAGCAGGCGAAUGGGAACGGGAACGGCAAGAAGAGUCAAUUGAGAGCUACCGGUGUGCGUCUGAGUGAUAACACGACAAUCACCGCAGAUCUGAUCGUCCUGGCGACAGGCGCAUGGACUCCUAAGCUCGUGGACCUACGCGGCAAGGCGCAAAGUACCGGGCAAGCCCUCGCAUAUAUUCGCAUAACGGACGAGGAAGAGAGACGACUAGCCCAGAUGCCGACUCUUUUGAGCUUCUCUACAGGCAUGUUUAUCAUCCCGCCCCGCAAAAAUCUCCUCAAGGUUGCUCGCCACGCAUAUGGAUACCUCAAUCCGAAACGAGUGCCCGUCCCAGGCCCGAAAGGAGACGCUGGCGCGACCAUGGAGGUCAGUCUGCCAGAGACGGAUGUCCCAUUACCACCUGAAGGUGAAAAGGCCUGCAGAAACGCUUUGCGGGAGAUGUUGCCUGCGUUUGCAGAUAGACCCUUCUGCAAAACGCGGGUCUGCUGGUAUACUGAUACCCCCAAGGGCGACUUCAUAAUCAGCUAUCACCCUGACCAUCCUGGCCUCUUCAUCGCCACAGGUGGAAGCGGCCACGGCUACAAGUUCCUGCCCGUUCUUGGUGAAAAGAUCGUCGAUGCCAUCGAGGGAAACUUGGAAGACGGUCUGCGUGAGCUCUGGGAAUGGCCCGCCUUCGCGGAGGGUGAAGAACUGGUGCCGUUCGAGGGAUGUGAGGAUGGCAGUCGAUCCGGACCAAAAGGGCUGAAGUUGAUGGAGGAGUUGGUCAAGGGGAAAGCAUCGUUAUGA